AUGAUCUGGCUCCUGGGAUUCGCCCUCGCGGCACUCCUGGCAAGCUCGCCCGUCUACGCAGGCUCUCUCAAGGAUAUUGAGCAUGUCGUGAUCUUCAUGCAGGAAAAUCGUGCUCAGGACACGUACUUUGGCAGUAUGGCCGGUGUUCGGGGUUUUAAUGACCCCAAUGUGCAAGUCAAUGCCGAUGGACUGUCCGUCUGGAACCAACAGGUUGAUCCGGAUAUGUCGGACCGGACCAACACGCUUCUGCCCUUCUACCUGGGCUGGAAGGGUGGCGAGACCCUGGAUUCCAUCCAGUGCAUGGCUGCUGGUGACAAUGGCUACUAUGCAAACCAGGCUGCGUACAAUCACGGUCUGAACAACCACUGGGCGCUCAACAACACGCCGUGGAGUUGGGGAUACUACAAGCGUGACGAUAUUCCGGUCCAGUUUGCUAUUGCCGAAGGAUGGACCUCUGCAGACAUGUAUCAGGAAUCGCAAAUUACCGCCACCAACCCCAACCGGGUGACCCUCGUCAGUGGCUCCAUUAAUGUCCCCGGCGGCCCUCAGCAGCCCCAUCAGGGUGGAGUCUAUAUUGACAAUAACGAGAUGCCCGGUAUGUUCUCUGUCUCGAAUGAUGUAUCUGCUUCAGCGCUAACAAAAUUCCCAGGAUGCGAGAAGCCCGGGGUCAGCUGCUACCCGCUCAAGUGGAAGACCAUUUUCGAAUUCUACGAAGAGGCCGGCGUUUCUUGGCAGCUAUAUCAGGAUACUAACAACUUUGACGACAAUCCUCUCGCCUGGUUCUACCAGUUCCAGAAGGCUGACAAGGAUCACCCUCUGACAAAGAAGGGCAUGUCAUUUGUGGGCCUGAACCGGUUCUAUGAGGAUGCUGCAAAGGGCACGCUUCCCGAGGUCAGCUUCAUUGUUGGUCCUACCGAGCUCUCCGAGCACCCUCCCUACAUGCCAAAGGAUGGCGGCUGGUUGCAGAAGAAGGUCACGGAUGCCGUGACCAGCAGCCCCAAGUAUUCCUCUACUCUUCUCAUGAUCAGCUUCGACGAAACUGGCGGCUUCGGUGACCAUGUCACUCCUUUCCACCCUCCUCCCGGUACCCCAGGAGAAUGGAUGAAGGAUCCCUAUGGAGUUUUCGGUGACGUCUUUGUUGGACCUGGUGAGUACUUUCAACUGUGUUUCUUUAGAAACGCGUCUGAUAGCUUUGUACCUCUAGGUUUCCGUGUUCCCUUCGUCAUGGUUUCCCCGUGGACUCGUGGCAACCGUGUGUUCACCGAGCGCUGUGAUCAUAACUCGCAGAUCCUGUUCGUCGAGCAGUGGUUGACUGCCCGAGGAUACUCGAAGAUCCAGACCGACCAGAUGGUGCCCUGGCGUCGCGCUCAUAUGUCGAAUCUGGUCAACGCUCUGGACUUGGAUCACCCCGACUAUUCUCUCCCGCAUAUCCCGGACACCCCAGAUCCUCAGACGGAUAACAACGGCAACUACAUUGGAACAUCCCAAUGCCAGUCGCGUCACCGCCAGACCCGCCCUCCCGUUCCGUACGGCGAGCAGAGCAAUGUGACCGAGGCUCUGUACUUCGAGGAUGGUUUCAAGGAGGUCAUUGGCUAUCUGACCGAAGGUCGCUACCUGGUUUUCGAGAAGAACCGCAGGGCCCUGCGAAGCUUCCCGGGCCAUGACCACCUCACGACGAGCCCCAGUCGCCCUGAAGUCGAUCGAAAGGAACACCGCUGGAUCCUCUGGUACACCGAAGAUGAAGAAAGCGAGGUCUUCAACAUCCAAAGUGCACUUGAUGGUCGCUGGAUCGGAACUCGCGGCGAAAUGCACAGCGACAAGAAGUAUGCCGCCCGGAUCCGGAUCAUUUUCCUGGGCAACGGCCUCGGAUACAACUUGCAGUAUGCCAACAACGGUCAAUACAUUGAUAUGGAUGUGGAUGGCAACUUGAGGCUGCACAGUGGACAGGAUAUGACCUACGGCCGCGGAUUCCACGUCUGGAGUGUGACUUAUCACAACUGA